AUGAAGACAGAACUACUUGUUGGAAUCACUACAGCCGCAUUCUUCAUCGUUUAUUUCCUAACGAGAGCACGGCGCAGAAAACAGAACAAACGGCCUGUAAAACCUGGCACAGUUGUCUUGCAUCAGUUUCUUCCCUCGCCCUUAUCUUUGAGUGGCUCUCCGCCAUGUUUAAAACUAGAAACGUUCCUUCGCAUGGCAAAGAUUCCAUACGAGAGCAGAUAUGGCUUGAAAUUCUCUAAAAAGGGUAAAAUUCCGUGGAUUGAGUUUAACGAGGAAGAAAUCGCCGAUUCCAACUUCUGCAUUCGGUUUUUAAGGAACGAGUUCAAAGUUGACGUUGACUGCUCUCAUUUGAGCGACGCAGAAAAAGGACUUGCUCACAGUAUUCAAACCACGUUAGAGGAGAACACGUAUUGGGCCCUUUUUUAUUACCGCUUUUUUUCACCGGACUAUGCCAUGUAUACGCGAAUGCAGCUGUUUGGGCAUUUUUCCUGGCCACUCAGAUAUCUGAUAUUCUACGUUAUACAGAAGCGAUGUAGAAGAGAUGUGUGGUCUCAGGGCAUUGGUCGACACUCCGAACAGGAGAUCUAUGAAAUAGCUGAGAGGGAUCUUCUUGCAGCGUCCGCAGUUUUGGGGGAGAAGAAAUUCCUCUUUGGAGAUAAACCCUGUCUCGCUGAUGCUGUCCUUUUCGCCUUUGUUGCAUGUGCCUCGUGGAAUUGUCCUCAAAGUCCUUUUGCCCAGCUCACCAAGACUAAAGCGACAAAUCUUGAGCGGCAUGCUCAGCGAAUGAAAGAUCUCUACUAUCCCGACUGGGAUGAAAUCACUAGGAAGCUUAAAUCUGACUGA